CGCCACGUUUCGCCAGCCCUGGAAGAAGCUCUGUCCAGUCGUCAGUGAUUUUUAUGUUCUUAAUCCUUUACCACGUUGCUUAAAUAAUUUGUUUAAAAAUGAGUGCAACUGCACCCACUCCUGCUUACAAAAUUGGAAUAGUGAAGCAGGUUUUGUCAGGAGAUACCGUUGUUAUCAGAAAACAGCCACAAGGUGGACCACCGCCGGAGAAAGUGAUCGCUCUCUCUGGCAUCACGGCACCGAAACUAGCACGUCAAAGAACUGCCAACAAUGACAAUGAAACAAAAGAUGAACCGUUUGCAUGGGAAGCUCGAGAGUUUCUUAGAAAGAAGUUGGUAGGAAAGGAGGUAAUUUUCACCGCAGAAAAACCUCCUAACUCUGCUACUAGAGAGUAUGGAUCUGUGUGGGCAGGAAAGGAUCCCACAAAGAGCGAAAAUAUGACUGAAGCUUUGUUAUCUGAAGGUCUUGUGAAAGUGAGAGAAGGAGGUCGUAACAUUCCUCAACUAAAAAAACUUGUUGAGAUUGAAGAAGUAGCUAGAUCUCAAGGUAAAGGAAUUUGGGGGUCUGAUCUGCAGAGCCACAUUCGCGACAUCAAGUGGAGUAUUGAAAAUCCCAAACAAUUUGUGAAUAAAUUUAAUGGACAGCCAGUUAAAGCUAUCAUUGAAUAUGUCAGAGAUGGCUCCACCGUCAGGCUUUGCUUGCUGCCUGAUUAUACACCUGUUACAUUGAUGCUCUCAGGAAUUCGAUGCCCUGCUGUGAAACAAGAUGGUGAUUCAGAGCCCUAUGCAGAGGAAGCCCGUUUCUUCCUUGAAUCAAAAUUACUUCAAAAAGAAGUUGAUGUAAUUCUUGAAUCAGUCAACAACAACAACUUAGUGGGAACAAUCUUACACCCUCAAGGAAACAUUGCUGAAGCAUUAUUAAAACAAGGGUUUGCAAGAUGCGUUGACUGGUCUAUUGCAGUGAUGAAAUCAGGCGCAUCGACUUUAAGAGCAGCUGAACGUUCGGCUAAGGAAGCUAAACUUCGUAUCUGGACUAAUUAUGUCAGUAAUGCUCCUGUUAUUGCUGCUAAGGACAAAGAAUUUACUGCUAUUGUUAUGGAAGUUGUCAAUGGAGAUGCUCUUGUUGUAAAACUACCAACCAAUGUCCAAAAGAAAAUAUUCUUAGCCAGCAUCAGACCACCUCGUGAAAAAAAUAGUCCAGAUGAAGAGGGGAAGCAAUCACCAAGGCCCAAAGGAUUCAAGCCUUUGUACGAUAUUCCAUGGAUGUAUGAAGCACGUGAAUUUCUAAGGAAAAAGUUAAUUGGUAAAAAAAUCAAUGUAACAGUUGAUUAUAUUCAGCCCGCUAAAGACAAUUUCCCAGAGAAAACAUGCUGCACAGUUGUGGCAGGCGGAACUAACAUUGCCGAAGCUUUAGUCAGCAAAGGAUAUGCAACUGUGGUUAGAUACAGAAAUGACAAUGAUCAAAGAAGCUCUCAUUAUGACAAAUUGCUUGAGGCGGAAUCUAAAGCUCAAAAAAGUGCUGUAGGCGUUCAUGCUAAAAAAGAUAUUCCGACUCACCGCAUACAAGACACUAGUGGUGAUUCUGCUAUGUCCAAAAAAUUCUUCCCAUUUUUAAAGAGAGCUCAAAAGACGGAAGCUGUUGUGGAAUUUGUUGCUAGUGGAUCACGUAUGAGAGCUUACAUACCAAAAGAAUCUGUCCUUGUUACAUUCUUACUCGCUGGAAUUAACUGCCCAAGAGGGGCCCGCCCAGCUAUUGGCGGUGGUGGAAUGCAAGUAGCGGAACCUUUUGGCGACGAAGCUCUUCAAUUUACAAAAGAAAAAUGUCUGCAACGUGAUGUAAUUGUGACAAUUGAAGAAAUGGAUAAGGCUGGCAACUUUAUUGGCUGGCUUUGGAUAGAAAAUGAGAACUUAUCUAUAUCUCUUGUAGAGCAUGGUCUUGCCUCAAUGCACCACACUGCUGAAACAUCCGAAUAUGCUCGGACUAUUAAGAAUGCAGAAGAAAAUGCUAUGAAAAAACGCAUUGGCAUAUGGAAAGAUUAUAUAGAAGUUGAAAAAGAGAUUGAGAAAGAACGCUCUGCCCCUAUACAAGAUCGUGUCAUUAAAUAUGAAAAAGUAGUUGUUACUGAAAUUACAAAUGAAGGGUUCUUCUAUGCUCAAAACAUGGAGCUAGGUAACAAGUUAGAGUCUUUGAUGGAUAAAAUACAUCAAGAGUUUAAAAAUAAUGCUCCUCUUCCUGGAUCCUUUGUGCCAAGGAAGGGACUAAUAUGCGCUGCUCGCUUCACUUUGGAUGACCAAUGGUACAGAGCUAAAAUUGAGAAAAUUACAGAAGAUAAAAUGGUUCAAAUCUUCUACAUUGAUUAUGGAAAUAGAGAGGUUCUCAGUCCAACCAGACUGGCUCCAUUGCCAGCGGGCUCGGAGAGGGAUCCGCCUUUUGCGACCGAGUACGCACUUGCGGGCGUUAAGUUCCCCUCCGAUAAUGAUGACCGGCAAGAAGCAGUGCGUGCCUUUUCUUCAGAUGCGCUCAAUAAGAAACUACUGCUCAAUUUGGAAAUUCGUGGUACUCCAGCAUCUGUAACUCUUGUUGAUCCCACUACUAAUGCCGAUAUUGGCAAGAAUCUGAUCAGGGAGGGCCUAGUGGUGAUGGAGAACACCCAUGAGUAUCGCCUUAGCAUCAUGCUGGCGGAAUACCGCGCUGCGCAAGAUCAUGCUAAGAUCUCGCGCUUGAACCUGUGGCGGCAUGGAGAUAUCACCGACGAUGAUGCGGUAGAGUUUGGAGCGCGUCGCUAGCGCGAACUUGUCCGGUACGAUGCUACCCUCUCGCCUUCGCAUACACUCUAUUGUGCGACGUGCAAGGCGCCUCAUAUUGAGAAGAUCAUCUUUACCCUCAUCUUAGAGUUUCUGUAAAGGCAGCAGCAAUACAACGUACCAACCAAUUUUGAACUAAUAAACAUUAUGAUAUUCGUGUUAUUAUCUAUCUAACCUUUUGGACUGCCUUCCCAAAAAUCAAUUACUGUUUUUAAAUAAUCGAUUAUGAUCAAUUUUAAAAUGUGAAUGUUAAGUGUUUAAAAGGACAAAUAUAAUAAUAUUAAGCGGUGUCUAUCGUAGACUCUUUCAUUGUGCUCUCCGUUGACGCGCGAUCGUGUAGGUAUUCUUUACAUGUGCUCACAGUGCAUUUGUACGAAAUAAGGAAAUACGACAGUGUGAACCGAUUGAGUGGCAACUUUAAAACCCUUCCAUACCUAUUCUAUUACAAUAAUCACUUUAGAUAUUGUCUACAUAUUUUUAUAUUUCAUUAAUCUAAAAUUAUUAAAUAUAAAUAGUGAAUUAUACAUAAAUUAUAAUAAGGACGAGGACUGUUUAAGACUUGUCAAUAUUUAAUUAAUAAAAAUCAUAAUAUCGUAUACAAAUUAAUGGAAUAAAUGUUAGAUUAAAAAAAUUCAAUUGUUAUUUCACUAUUUAUUUACAAUGCAUAUUUUACUAUUGUUCUAAUAUUAGGUCAUAUCGACCUAAUAUUUAAUAAUUAUGUUUUAAUGAUUUUACUGCUUCCAAUGUUUUAAUGUUACAAUGUCGAUCUCUGUCUUAUUUCUGUUUUUACAUAUAUCUUACUAGAAUGUAUAUUUUGUAUCUGUCUAAGAUUCAUUCAAAAUAUUGUAGUGGUAAAAAUCAAUGUGUAAUGUUAGCUAAGUGUGAAUUUUAUCUAAAGUAAUAUAAUAUGGGAAGUCUGAGUGUAGUGGUAUUUUAUAAGAUUUUUUUUACUUCAUUAUUGUUUUAUAUUUUAUUGAAUACUUGUUCUAUGCAAUGUAAGUUUGAUUUAUCGUACUUAUGAAUAUAUUGUUUUUUAAACCUACCUCUCUUCCCUAAAUGUUUUAGUGCUCCACAUUGCAAAUUUCAUUUUAUAAUCUUAGAGUACCACACGGUGCGUGGAUUGUUAAUUAAACUCGAUAUAUUGAAAUAAAUAUUUUAGGAAUCA